AUGGCAAUCAAAUCCCUCCUCCUCCUCCUCACCAUCACCCUCCUCUUCUCCUCCUCAUCAGCCCACAACAUCACUCGCAUCCUCUCAAAACACCCCAAGUUCUCCAUCUUCAACUCUCUCCUCUCAUCCACCAACCUCGCCAAAAAGAUCAAUCAUCGCCACUCCAUCACCGUCCUCGCCGUAUCCAAUGACUCCAUUGGCGGUCUCAUUGGUCUUAGCCCUAAUAUCCAGCGCCGCAUUCUAUCCGUCCAUGUCAUCCUCGAUUACUUUGACCGCGAAAAGCUCCAGAACCUCAAGAGCCAUUCAACCAUCGUCCCCACCCUCUUCCAAACUUCUGGCAUAGCCAAAGGCCGAACUGGCUUCCUCAAUAUAACCAAGCUUGCCAACGGGCAGAUCGCCUUCAGCUCUGCAGCUUCUGGCGCCCACCACGUCGCAAAAUUAGUGGGGCAAAUUGCCGCAUGA